CCCUCCGGACCCUCGCCCGCGCUCGCAGCCCGGGGGGGCCCCUCGGCACCCCCCGCCCGCACCCCCCAUGCGCUGCCCGGCCCGGGGGGGCCCCCCCAACACGUGAGGGGGGGGCAGCGCCGCCUCCCCUCCCUCGGCCGCCCCCGCCCGCCGCCCCCAGCCCAGCCAUGAUGUUCCGGGACCAGGUGGGGAUCGUGGCCGGCUGGUUCCGCGGCUGGAGCGAGUGCGAGCAGACGGUGGCACUGCUGGCGCUGCUCAAGCGCGUCACCCGCACCCAGGCGCGCUUCCUGCAGCUCUGCCUCGAGCACUCGCUGGCCGACUGCCCCGACAUCCACCUGCUGGAGGCCGAGGCCAACAGCGCCGCUGCCAUCUCGCAGUGGCCCCAGGAGCCGGUGGUGGCCCUGCUGACCGUGUCCCUGUCCCUGUCCCCAGCUGCCAUCUC